CAAGUAGCUUAAUGAUCAGUUUGGAUUGUGGUUAGGCGAGUGUUGAGUUGUCGCUAUAAAAUAAUGAGACUUUUCUCAUUCAAUAUCAUUUGUCAUACAAAAAGAAAAGAGAUUCUACCACAUUUCAUCACAGCAAUAGUUAUAUCCCUGUUCUUCACAAGCAUUCUCAGUCAAUCUGCCAACUAUUGUGAUCGCAGUCUGUGUCCUUUUCGUGUAUUACACAUAGGUUGUCAUGGCCUUACUGAUCUUGCUUCGGCGUGUGGCGCCAGAGCUAUCGAAGUCUUCAUGGACAUCUCGAAAAAGGCGUUAAUUACGGAUCAUCAUAAUCGGCUCAGGAAUCGAGUUGCCCUUGGCAACCAAAACUUUACCAAAACCUCAUCAUAUCCACAGGCUGCUAGGAUGACCACAAUGGUAUGGGAUGACGAAUUAGCUCACAUUGCAGCAUUCAACGCCAGGCGGUGUGUUAACGGACGAGAUCGAUGCCGCAACACAGAAUCCAUGAAAGCCGUUGGACAGAGCAUUGCUUCUCAGAGGCACUGCAUGGACAUAUCGGACGAGGAAGUAAUCCUAAACUGGAUUGAUGCCUGGUUCAGGGAGUACACUGACUCUAACCUAUCGCAUAUAGAAAGCUAUCCAGCGAAGUGGGAUGGCCCGGCUAUUGAUCACUUUGCACAAAUCGUAUCGGACCGCUCCAGCAGGAUUGGAUGCGCGAUGGUGAGUCGUAUCGAGUUGCUUGGGAUGAAGAAAUUGUUCGUUUGCAACUACAGUGUGAUGAAUACUGCUGGUCAGCCAGUAUAUGCAAUGGGUCCAACGGGGUCGAAGUGUAAAAUGGGAAUCAACGAAGACUAUGCUGGACUGUGCAAUCCAUUGGAAAUAUACGUAUAAUAGCAAAUUUUAUUAUACACAAACGGUCACUAUCGUUCAAACCAUCUCUUCUACGCGUUAAAAAAUCAAUUAAAAUAAACGUUA